AAACAAUUCGAUCACAUAGUCAAUAUAUGCAUGUUUACGCAUUCAUAUGACAAACAUACAUCAUAGUCAACUUCGAUUUCUACUAUAAAUACACCAUCAUAGGAAGCACUCAACCACAAGCCAAGCUACCAUUUCUUUCUAAUUUCAUAGUUGAAACUUGAAACACUCUAUUUCUUUUAUACUCAUCUCUUUUCUCAGCUCCUACCUUAGUCAUGAGGACUACGAUUCCUUCUUCAAUUCAUUUUAAUGUUGCAUUCACACUCUCGUGUCUGCUCUUCACCCUUCUCCCUGGGAUGAGCUCUGCUCAACUUUCUGCAACAUUUUACUCAAAAUCUUGUCCCAAUGCCCUUUCCAUAAUCCAAUCGGCAGUGAAAUCGGCUGUGCGAUCGGAGGCUCGAAUGGGAGCAUCCUUGCUUCGUCUCCAUUUCCACGAUUGUUUUGUCAAUGGUUGUGAUGCAUCAAUUCUAUUGGAUGACACAACAAAUUUCACAGGGGAACAAACAGCUCGUCCAAAUAACAAAUCAAUAAGAGGAUUGAACGUGAUUGAUAACAUUAAAGCACAACUUGAGAAAUCUUGUCCUGGCAUUGUAUCUUGUGCUGACGUGGUAGCUGUUGCUGCUAGAGACUCAGUUGUUGCGCUUGGUGGUCCUAGUUGGAAUGUUUUACUAGGGAGACGAGACUCAACCACGGCAAGUUUGAGUGCCGCUAACAACAAACGAGACUCAACCACGGCAAGUUUGAGUGCCGCUAACAACAACAUAGACUCAACCACGGCAAGUUUGAGUGCCGCUAACAACAACAUUCCUGGACCCAAUUUCACUCUCAGUCAGCUCAAAUCUUCUUUCUCAAACCAAGGCUUUAGUGAAAGGGAAAUGGUUGCUCUCUCAGGUGGCCACACAAUUGGAAAAGCUAGGUGCACAACAUUUCGAUCUCGAAUCUACAACGACAACAAUAUAAAUGCCGCAUUUGCAAAAUCUUUACAGGCAAAUUGUCCUCAAAGCGGAGGUGACAAUAAUGUUGCUUCACUUGACACUAGUCCAACCUCGUUCGACAAUGUUUAUUUCAAGGACUUGCAAAAUCAAAAAGGACUCUUACACUCCGAUCAAGAGUUGUUUAAUGGAGGUUCUACAGAUUCGGUAGUCAACAGUUAUAGCUCUAAUCCUUCCACUUUUUCAGCAGACUUUGCAAAUGCUAUGUUGAAGAUGAGUAAUCUCAACCCUCUUACAGGCACAAGUGGUCAAAUUAGAAAGAAUUGUGGAAAAACAAAUUAAGCUCCAUUCCAAAAGCGUGUUUAAGAAUAUUUUUUGUUUCAACCAUUAGUGUUACCAAAUAAAGUAGGGAUAAUUGAGGGAUGGGGGUGGCAGGGAGUGAAGCCAAAUUUUGGAUUGUUUACAUUUUUAUUUUCAUUUUUCCAUUGGAAGUGUGAAUUGUAUGAACAUUUGUUUUGCUUAAUUAUAUCCUAAUACACAGUAAUUUUUUUUUGUGCAA